CAACUCAGCAACAGCAAGCAAGCUUGAUUGAUCACCCUGGAAUAAGACAAACCAAGGGAGAGUAGAAAAGCAAUAAAACAAGUAGCCAACCAUGGCAUGGUUUAGAAUAGAUCACACUGACACACAUCGGCACGGAGAUGGAAGGAAUCGAAUCCUCGUGGAUAUGCUUCCCUUCAUGUGGAUCGAGUCUAAGCCAAGCAGCCAGUAACCAUCCAGAUGCUCAAUCCGUUGCAGUACUAUACUCGAUCACUGCAGUGGCAGGGUUGCACAUCAUCAGCCACUUCCUUAGCGGAUUGAUUAGGCAUUCUCUCGGGAAGUAAGCGGGGUAUAUUAGCCGCAUAUGCUCUCCGCGAGCUCGCGUUGACUCCAUGGAUCCCAGCAUAUCCUUCCCCUCCAGCCCAUUUUCUAUUGCUCCACCCCCGCAAAAAUGGUUUCUUUCGCCUCAUCGGAGCCACCACUAGCUGCUCCGCCGAUUUUCUUACUACUUCUGUCCGUUUCUCGGACCCUGCUCCGGCGCAGGCGACACACCAGCGUUGAGGAUUCGAUUGGUUGCUCACCUCCCUCGGCUUGACCGCGCGGGCGCAGCUAUAAGGAGGGAGACACCAGAGAGAGGAGAGAGAGGGGGAGUGGUUGAGGUCUUGAGGAGAGGGGGGCGGAUCGAUCGGUUGUGCAGGUAUGGAGAUCCUGAGCCCGUCGCCGCCGCCCAGCCCGGCCAGGAACCAGUUCGUCUACGGCGGCGCCGGCGCGCUCCUGCGCCGCGACCAGGCCGGCGCCGGCGCGCUGCUCCACGUCGCCGUCGGGAGGUCGCCCGAGAAGACGCUGCCGCUGCUGCGCUGGGCCUUCCGCCGCUUCGCCUGCGCCCGCGUCGCCCUCGUCCACGUCCACCAGCCCUCCCCGGUCAUCCCCACCCUCCUGGGCAAGAUUCCGGCGGCUCAGGCGACGGAGGAGCUGGUGCUGUCGCACCGCAGGUCCGAGAGGGACGACAGGAACAGGAUCCUCCUCGCCUACAUCGCCUUCUGCCAAAGGGCGCAGGUGCAGGCGACUGUUCUUGUGACAGAGAACGAACAGAUCAACGACGGCAUCGUCGCCUUGGUCAGGGAUCAUGGGGUCACAAAGCUUGUCAUGGGUUCUAUACCGGACAACUGCUUCAAGUUAAAAGCGGGCCACAACAAAGAAUAUUUUAUGGCAAAGAAUGCUCCAGCAUUUUGUGAAAUUUGGUUUGUAUGGAGAGGAAGACACAUCUGGACCAGAGAAGCAAGCGCAGCCAUUGACAACAGCAUCUCGGUCUACAACCAGGAUGAUAUUAUGAUGACCAGAAAGAGGACUAGGUUCAGCCCAAAUAGCAACGGCGCCGAAUCCAUGCUUGACGGGGGAUAUAUUACUUGUGGGACAUCAACAGUAGCUGAUCUUCAUGUAGGUGCUGUUUCAGAUAAUGGUCGAGUGAAUGGCUCUGGAGCUCUUGGAGCUGAUGCCAACCAUUUCUACAAUAUGAGAAUAUCAAAUUUACAGGAUGCGGAAUCUGCAUUCAACUCAGCACUCUGGUCUGAUUCCUCUGUCCUUGGGGGAGCAUUACAAUUACAUUCUAAGGAAAUGAUGGAGUCGAAUCUCAAGCAAGUCAUGGUUGAAGCUGAGGGAUCAAGGAAGGAAGCUUUUCUUGAGCUUCUCAAGCGCAAAGAAAUAGAGUCAAAAGUGGACAGUGCUUUUAUCAGGGUAAAAGCUGCCGAGUCUUCUAAAAAACGAGAAAUGAAAAUAAGGGAGGAACUUGAAGAUUUAUUCCUAGCCACGAGAAAGCAGCAUGAAGAUCUGGCAACAAGUAAAGAAAAAGCUAUGACUGUGUUGGGCUCUUCUAUGAGAAGAUUAGACAUCCUAGAUGCUCGUGCAAAAAACAUGAGCCUUCGGAUGGAUGAAGCUGUGGCGGAGCUCGAGGUGAUUCAAUCUUCCAUAAAUAUUCUCAAGCAGGAAAGAACAAAAGCGCAUAAGCUAGAAGAUAGUUAUAACAACCGCGUCGAAGAAGGGUGCACAUACAGCCAUUCCAAGUUUCUGAACCACAGUUCAAUUGCUCUUGGUGAUGAUCCAUACACCUUUAAACAAUUGACACUGUUAGAUGUGCAAGCUGCAACAUUUAAAUUCUCAGAGAGCUUCAAAUUACGGCAAUGGGUUCAUGGGUGCAUUUACAAAGGAAAAGUUAUGAACAGGAGUGUGAUGAUUCAUAAGUUGCACUCACAUAGCAUUAAGAGCUCGAUGCAAUUCCAGCGAGAGGUGUACAUCCUAAACAAAGUAAGACACCCUCAUCUAGUGACACUGGUUGGGGUAUGCCCAGACGCACUCUGUCUUGCCUAUGAGUAUCCGAAAAAUGGGAGCCUUCAUGACCAUCUCUUCGGCGAACUCAACAGUACCCCACAGCUACCAUGGAAAAUCCGUUCACGCAUCGUGACGGAGAUCUCAAGCGCUCUGAUGUUCCUGCAUUCGUGUAAACCACAGAUGAUGGUUCACGGUGGCCUGAAUCUCGAGAACGUUCUUCUGGAUACCGACUUCCACUGCAAGAUAGCCGACUUCGGUACAUUGACAGAGGAGGACUCGAAGGAUCAUCCAGCAUUUGAUUCUGGACUGCUGGCACACAAAUCUGAUAUCAACUCCUUCGGUACCAUGAUACUGCAGCUACUGACUGGUAAACGGCCUGGCCCAGGCCUUGCCAUCGAAGUAAGUUGCGCCCUGUCCCGCGGAAAGCUGUCAUCGAGCUUGGAUCCAACGGCCGGGGAGUGGCCAAUGGGGGCGGCCCGAAGGCUAGCGGAGUUUGGGCUCGAGUGCAGCGGAGACAAGCCAGAGCUGUCUGAGGAAACACUACGAGAGCUGGAGCAGCUGCAACUGAUCAAGGUGCGGCCAGUACCGUCCUUCUUCCUGUGCCCGAUCCUCAAGGAAACCAUGGAUGAUCCUCAGGUGGCCGCGGACGGGGUGACGUACGAGGGGCGCGCCAUCCGCGAGUGGAUCGAGGAUGGCCGGGCCGUGGCCGACCUGAAGCUGAGGCACCUCGGCCUCACCCCCAACCACGCCCUCCGGUUCGCCAUUCAGGACUGGCGCUCUCAGCCCCAGUGGUGAAUGAUGAUGAUGAUGAUUCUCCAGCUGCUUUAGCUUGCAACUAGCUAGAUGGUAGAAUAUGUAGAGCCCCCUCCUGUGUAUAUACAUGCUUCUGCUACUUCUGUACAUCAGUGUGCUACUAGUUUAGUGUAGGUCAGUGCAGCGAAUGGAAUGUGAUUUUUUUUAAUUUUGUUUAGUUUUUUGGUGUACGGGUUAUUAUUUUUCCUGUUCAUUGGUGGUAUUUUUGUGUGGUCUGGAUAUUGUUGUUGUCCUUGUUUUGAGUUUUUGGAUGGAACAUCAAGGAUUCUUCCUCUUUUUUU